CACUACUUCUCUGAAGCCUCACAUUUCCCUCCACUACUUCUGCCUUCGGCGGGGGUUUGAAACUUUAAAGGUCGUUUGCAAGCGCCUCACGGCUCUUCCGAAGCGGAGGCUGCGGGGUCGGGCCGCUGGAGCCCACCUCGACGGCCGAGCUCCGUCCUGCCACAACCCGCGCCCGAGCACAGCCGAGAGGGAUCCGGGCGGGCGGGACGCCGGCGGGAUGAGCCCCGGGAAGGGGGAGACUUCCCCACGCGAACCCCCGUGGGGCCGCCCCCGGGGCGGGGCCGCCGCCCUGAAAGCCGGGCCCGGCGGCGGGGCCGGGGCAGAGGCUGCGCCGCCGAGUGAGGGUGAGGGCCGGCAGCAGCACCAGCACCAUGGAGAGCGGCGCCGACGGGCGCCUGGACGCCGCCGCCUUCCUCGGGGCAUGGCGGCGCUUCGACGCCGACGACAAUGGUUACAUAGAAGGGAAGGAGCUUGACGAUUUUUUUCAUUAUCUCCUGGAGAAACUGGGACCAGAAAGCACCAUCACAGAAGAAGAAGUUCAAAGGAUGAAGGAGCAAUUCAUGUCUGUCUACGAUGUCACCACAGACGGACGCUUACAAAUCCAGGAGCUUGCAAAUAUGAUCUUGCCGGAUGAUGAGAACUUCCUACUGCUUUUCCGACGGGAAACUCCCUUGGACAACAGCGUGGAAUUCAUGAGGAUCUGGCGCAGUUACGAUGCUGACAGCAGUGGAUUUAUUUCAGCCAGUGAACUCAAAGAUUUCCUGCGAGAUCUCUUUUUGCAGCAUAACAAGAUGGUUGCUGAAGUAAAGCUGGAAGAAUAUACUGAUACUAUGGACCAGGGCAAUGUCAGUAUUUACUUUCUGAAGGUCUUUCCUGCAGACCUGCUUUAUCCCCAUAUGAAAAUCUUUGACAAAAACAAAGAUGGACGACUGGACCUGAAUGACCUGGCAAGGAUUCUGGCGCUCCAGGAAAAUUUCCUUCUACAAUUCAAGAUGGAUGCUUGCAGCACAGAAGAAAGGAGGAGAGAUUUUGAGAAGAUCUUUGCACACUAUGACGUUAGUAAAACAGGAGCGCUUGAAGGCCCAGAAGUGGAUGGGUUUGUCAAAGACAUGAUGGAACUGGUCAAGAUUAACAAAACAAGAAACAGCUGAUGUGUAUAGAGAAAUGCCAUCUCUUGUGAUUUCAAAAGAGCAACAUCUUCAUCUGGUCUUUACGGGGAAGAAGUUUUGCUGCUUCGGGAGUCCUUGGACAUCUUUCAUUUGAGUCUUGGUGAAAGCAGGUGACACCUGGUGUCUCUUUGUUCAUGUAUCCUGGGCUUUCUGUCUGCUCAGUAAGUUUCACCAGUGCCAGGAACUCAGAAAUGGUAAUUUAUGCUUACUGGAGCAAACAUUGCCUGCAACAAGAACACCUGCUCCUGUGUAAGAGACUUUCCACUUUGCAAGGUGGUCAGUCCUGCCUGUCCUCCCUUCCUGCACUAUAGUACCUGAUUUGAAGUUGCCCCAGAAAUCCUGGUUUAAAAGCUUGCACCUUGCUUGAGGAUGGACCACUCUGGACCCUUCAAUAUAUCACUGUAAACCCAGCCAAAAAAAAAAAAGGAUUAAGGCUUGUGCUCCAGGUGUGCAAUAACUCUACUCAUCAGAGACUGAAAUCCAAACAAAUUCAAGGCAUGUGCUUACAUACAUUACAUAGUGAAACACUAAUCUUCACUCUCAUGUAACAAAGUGCAGCAAAUGUUUAAUGGACAUAACCUGGGAGCAGUGAAAAUGUGGGUAGAAAGUACCAGAGAAGGCAAAACAGGGUAAUAUCAGUCUCAGAGAACUGGUUCUAAGAAAGCAGGACUAGAAUAACACUAGGUUAUUUUUAAAUUGCUGUUUACUGGAUAGGACGUAUGUCUAUUUGAAAUUAACAGCAGCAUUAGUAAAAAAAUCUACUUAAAUCUGCUGAAGUCAACAGAAAAGAGGGUUGGUCACUGAAAUAUCUGCCAGAUCAAAAUUCAUGUCUGAAUAGGAAGGUAGAUUUGGGAUUUAAAAGGACAGUUGAUACCAAAACAGGGAAGUCCAAAUGCCAUGUUAAAUAGAAUUUUUUUUCCUCCCUGUUCCCACUCUUGCAAAGAAUUGGUAAGUGGGUUAAACAGCACAUGACUCUUUCCUCCCUUGGAUAUCUCUGCUGCUGGCUGAAGACAGCACAGCACUCCUCAGAUGGCAAAAGCAAGAGGAAUUCCUUUCGUAACAUCUGCCUACGUGAGGGUCCUGGAAUUUGCAUCUUCCCUGAGCCUGCUUUAGCUCACCUCCCUGCCUUCUUGACAUUCCCCUCUUGUUCAGCAGAUAAGAACACAUUUUCAGAAUCAGUUUUGCAAUUACCCAUCUUCUCAGUUUUCUUUCCUGACCUUUAAAGGGGAUGCACCGAAUAAAUGCCUUUGUACAAGUGCCAGACUUUCUGCAGGGUGGCUGUUUCAAAGGACUAAAUAUGAUCUUUUCAUAAAUACCAUGUCAGGCCCAUGUAACUCACAACUUAUUUAUUACAGUCCUAAUGCACACCGUGGAAGCCGGGGCUAGUGUUGCACAAGAACAUCCAUCUAAAGCAUUUCAGAACUGCAGAGCAAGGUAGACAGCUAAAUUUUUGUGCAAGCUGCUUGGCCAUUGUUAAGUCUAGCUUUUACUUGAG